AUGGCCAUCAGCAUACCAAAGCGCCUUCUUCCCGCUUUGGACAAAGAGCAUCUUCGUCUCAUUGAUGUAGACUGUGGAGCCAUAGAAAGCAGGAACCAUUACAUUCUUCGUACAAAACUCACUGGGUGUGACACAGUCAGCAGGCACACCGAGAAUUUUGUCUAUUAUAUGAACAAGGUGGAGGAGAUUCCCAUCAAGCCAGGUCAGAUCAUCACACGAGUUCGGGAAGUGGAAAUUCCCUUCAGCUGUUAUUACUCAAACACAGGGGUCAUAUCCGCCGUUGGCCUUGAAGUUAGAAGCAAGAAAAUCAUUUUCUCUAAGAGAGGAUUUGGAAAAUUCGUGUUGGAUAUGAAAGUUUACCCAACUCCUAGUUUUAGUCUUGAGUACAAGAAAAAGGAUUUCCCAAUAGUCGUGCCUCUCAGGAAAUUGUUGUACGUGAAAGUCAGUGUUGAUUCAGAUGACCGCAGGCUGGAUGUCUUGGCAGUAGAUUGCUGGGCCACACCAAACGCUAAUCCUUUAAGUCCUGGAUUGCGAUAUGAAUUCAUCAAAGAUGGGUAAAAAGUUUACCUUGUUUUUUCACGUUAAUUAAGAUUAAAGGUUUGUUUAUUGUGGAAAGGGUAAUAGGCUUAUCAAGGUAGAUUACAGGAACCCCACUCAAACAAUUAGAAACAAAUUAUUCAAAUAUAAAAAAAGCUCAACUGGCAGGAGGCAACCAGUUGACUCUGAUUAACAAACGUGGCCAAGGAUUUGAACUCGCAGAACAGAGAACAAAUCCAGACGAUCAGAGCAGAGCAGGAUUCGAUCCCUGGACUGCCGGAUUGCAAGUCCGACCUGCUGACUACUCGGCUACGCUGCCUCCUCUUUUUGUAAUCUUCCUACUUAAUCCGUGAACAACUAGAGCUUGUGUGCAAGCCGUAAGAGUGCAUGAGAAAUAAAUGGUUAAAUAGUGAAAAAUGUACGUUGACUUCAAAAUCCAUAAUAGAAUUACCUGCUGCAUGCACCUCUUUUCUGGUAAGAAGUAUAAAAUGACUUAUGGCGUCCCUGGUUAAUGAGUUCUUGAAGGCUAAUUUUCACUACCGAUGAAGUCGGAGACGAAGUAGUGAGCAGCAUGACCUUGUGAAAAUCAAAACUCGAAGACGUGAGCGGAGUUAUAAAUGCAAAAAACCGUUAAAAGGAAUCGGAACUUUUCUAUUUUCUUCCUCUCUGAUUCUGUCGUUAAGGACCUAGCAAAAAACACAUUGUCGGAGUUGCAUUCUGGAUAAACCAAUCACAAUACUCGUUCCCUCUCUUUGUGAUUGGUAAAUUUCUUUCGCCUCUGCUUAAGACUCCAACAACCUAUUUUUCACUAGACCUUUUGCGACAGAGUGGUAAGCAAGCAGUGGUAACCAUGUCAGUUUUCAGUAGAUCGUAGAACUCUACGCUUUAUUUAUUACUACUGGUCCUAAUAUAGCCUCCCACGCAGGCGUUUUUAAGGAGCUCGUACUUCGUCCCUCCCCAGAAACGCUUGCGUGGGAGGCUAGCCGGAUACGACUCCAACCAAGAGCUCUUGUUCCGACUUAGUCGCUUGUGAAAACCAACCUCAUUACAUAAUAAUUAUGUCGGUAUUGAUAUCAACAUGUUCUUUUAGGUAAAGAAGAUUUCAUAAGGGAAUAAGGCUCUAAAAUAACGAAUCCCAAAUCAACGGAGGCAAAUUAGCUGGCUAUUUACAAGCGUGGCUGAACAUUUGAAGUCGGGACCACGGUGAAAAAAUCCAGUAAGCAGUCACUAAUCGCUCUGCCAUGCUGGCUCCACCCAUCUGUUUCCUUUAUAAAUACAAUUCAAAAUAUUAAAUGAAUAUUUCAUUCUGCAAAGACAAAAACGGGCAGAUAGGUUUUCAGUUAAAAAAGGGAAAGUAACUCAAAAGGUUCAAGACUUCUUUUCUUCAUGUCUGUCUCUUUUAGAUGCCCGGUAGAUGAUACCGUGAUGGACAUUCCGACAGCAGACAAGCGGAUGCAAAAAUUCAAACUUGAGGCCUUCAGUUUCAUAGGUGACCAUCCGUUCGUGUACAUGCAUUGCAAGGUCUUGAUUUGUAACGCAACCGAUCCUAACUCACGUUGUGCGCAGGGCUGCGUUAAUCGAGCAAAGAGGUCCCUGAUGACUCAAGGAUCCAAGAACGAGGAGGUACACUUGUCCCAGGGACCAUUCAUGCGUGGAGAUGAUGAAAAAGAUAAAGAAGAAACUAAACUGGAGGAAACGGAGAAAGACAUGCGUGAUACGGAAAAAAGUGGUAAGUUUAAUGACACAGGCUUCAUUAGGUCAAGUAGUCGUGUUUUAUACCUAAUCUUCUGCAUCAAAAAACUGAGUUGUGUAAUACUGUAUUCUGCAGGUAUGUUUCCCACUCUGGUCGCUGCAAUGGCUGUGGUUGCUGCCGUUUGCGUCAUGGGUGUGUCUUACUUCGCCUGGGCCAGCAAGAAACGAAGGGUUGUGCGUGAUUAUCAACGACUCACUGUUACCGCUGAAGACUAG